AUGAAUUCGCGAGUCGUGGUGAUCGUUGGUUGUGGCGGAAUGGGCCUCGCCAUCGCCCGUCGUUUGGGUACAGGCCACCACCUCUUUCUUGGCGACUUCUCGGACGCAACUCUCGCAGCUGCUCAGAGAGAACUCACAGACGAUGGAUACUCGGUGCAGACGAUGCCGGUAAACGUUUCCGAAUCCGCAUCCGUCAACGACUUCGUCAACGCAGCCGCAGCGGCAGGGCCCUUGCACACCAUCGUGCAUACCGCGGGCUUGCCCCCUACAGCCAACACCGCCCAGCGAAUCUACGCCGUCAACCUCAUCGGCACCGCCAACGUGAUAGACGCCUUCUUCCCCGUUGCGCAGGCCGGCACCAGCCUGAUCUGCAUUUCGAGCAUGGCAGGCCACAUGGGCUCUGGUCUCCCCGCCGAGCUAGAGCGACAUCUCGCCAUGGCGCCCGUCGACCAGCUCCUGGAUCAUCCCGCUCUCGUAGUCGACCCCGCGGACCCGUCUUCGGCCCCUCGUGCGUACGGCAUAUCCAAGCGCGGGAACCUCGUACGCGUGCAGGCCGCCGCCGCGACCUGGGGCCAGAAGCGCGCGAGGGUGAACUCGAUCAGUCCGGGCGUCAUUUCGACGGCGGUAGGUCGUAUAGAGAUGGAACAGGGCGGUCCAGCGGCAAAGUUUGUUGCCACAAGCCCGGCUGGUCGAGUGGGAACACCUCAGGAUAUUGUCAACGCCGUAGCGUUCUUAGCUAGUCCGGAGUCGUCCUUCAUUACGGGGACUGAUAUCCUUGUGGAUGGUGGUGUUGUGUCAACAUACAAAUGGGGAGCCGCUGGCAAGUAA